AUGAACAAGAAUUUUGAGAGUAAAGAAGACAACAAAUCUGAUUACAUCUUCGGUAAGACGUUAGGUGCCGGUACUUUUGGUAUUGUGAGGCAAGCAAGAAAAUUAUCAACUAAUGAGGACGUCGCUGUAAAGAUUUUAUUGAAGAAGGCUUUGAAAGGCAACGACAUACAAUUAAAGAUGCUUUACGAUGAAUUAGAGAUCCUUCAAAAAUUGGAUCAUCCAAAUAUUGUUCAUUUUAAGGAUUGGUUCGAAACCCUAGAGAAGUUUUUCAUUGUAACACAGCUUGCUACUGGUGGAGAAUUGUUCGAUAGAAUCUUAAAGAAAGGGAAGUUUACCGAAGAAGAUGCAGUAGAUAUCUUAGUCCAAAUAUUAAAGGCAGUCGAAUAUAUUCACUCUAGAAAUAUUAUUCACAGAGAUUUGAAACCAGAGAAUUUACUUUAUAUAAACACUUCAGAUAAAUCGCCUUUAGUGAUUGCUGAUUUCGGUAUUGCAAAGGAAUUGAAUACAGGUGAUGAACUAGUAUUUAAAGCAGCUGGAUCUUUAGGGUAUGUGGCUCCGGAAGUGCUCACAACCGAUGGUCAUGGGAAACCAUGUGAUAUCUGGUCUAUUGGUGUUAUAACAUAUACGUUACUAUGCGGUUAUUCACCUUUUGUAGCCGAAAGUGUGGAAGGUUUUCUGGAUGAAUGUACUUCUAGUGAACAACCAGUUACGUUCCAUAAAGAUUACUGGGAUAAUAUAUCGUCAAAAGCUAAAAAAUUUAUACUAAGAGCCCUAACACUGAAUCCCGAAGAAAGACCUACAGCGACAGAAUUACUACAAGAUCCGUGGAUCGUCUGUACAGAAUGGGAAGAAAACAAUUUAUUACCUGGUGUCAAAAAGGGAUUCGAUGCAAGGAAAAAAUUGCGUGAAGCUAUCGAGAUUGUUAAAUUAAACAAUAGAAUUAAUAAAUUGAAAAACAUGUAUUGUACUGAUGACGAAAGUGAUUUAGAGGAGAAUAGUGUCAAUUCUUCUACCUCUUCAUUAUCAAGUUCUCUCAAACAUAUGUGUAUAAAACAUGAACAAUCAGGUCAAGAGUUAACUGAACAACAAAAAUUAUUAAAAGCUGCAAUCACAAGAGAUACUUUCGCUCAAUUAGUGAAAGCAGCAUCUCAGAAUAAAGAAAGAAUAUUAAAAUAUGACGAGGAAAGCCAAGCUUCAAAGGACAGUUCCGAGGUUUCGUCUAGAUUAAGUGAUAUCUAA